ACCACUACACAUGUUGGCUUGUUGCAGGUACAGCCCACGCACACUCUCCAGUAGCCACUCCACUCCACUUGACCAUCGAGUCUUGGCAAGCGCGGCGCCGCGAGCGAGCCGAAGGCGCGGAGGCCGUGAUGUUCACCGACGGCAUGUCGAAGCUGACCGUGGGGGUGAGCAUCAUGGUGGCGCUCAGUCUGGCCGUCUUCCUCACCAUCGUCAUCCUCCUCCUGGCCGACCUCUUCUGCUCCCACCUCCGACGCCGCCGCCUCCGCGCGGACGCCGAGAUGGCGCCGCACAAGAGGCCGAAGCUUGGCGUCCCGGCGUCGUCCCCGCCGCACACCGCCGACGACGCGUCGGUGGCCACCACCACCACGACGGCGACGCACGAGGCGCUCUCCAGCACCCCGCCCUUCUACUACGCGCACGGCGUCAUGUGCGCGCCCACCCGCAAGGACCUCCUCCUCGCCAUCCCCAAGCUCGAGGCCGCCGUGUGGAAGUGGUCUCCCGCGCGCCGCUCCUCGCCGUCGCCGUCGCCGCCGCGGUCCGAGCCCACCGCCCGCGAGUCCUCCUCCUCCGCGUACAGCGACGGCUUCCUGCGCAUCUCCAACCCCGUGUACGAGCGGCGCACCACUGCCGCCCCUGGCGGGUACGAAGAAGACACGCCGUUCGACACGCCGGACGCCUCGCCGUCGCCGGGCGGGAUUACCGAGGAGGGUGAAGGGGCGUUCUCGCCGCCGCUGUCCAUGAUGAGGAAGCUGCCGCCGCUGGGAGUGCUGGCGUGCCCUCCGCCGAUGGCGGCGGGCUUCUACGAUGGCCGGCCGCCGGUGACGCUAUGGCCCGGUACGGUCGCCACCGACGCCAACCGGGCCUCCUCGUCGUCGUCCAACUUCACCACGCGAUUCUUCUCCUCGUAGCCGUCGGAGUAACGAACAUCUUCUGUAUGCAACAGAGUGUUGUGAUUGCUAGCUAGGAGUAGAACCUGAUUUGAUACAAUACUUUGUCAUGGUUCAUCAUCUCUACAUCUUCUGCCCUGUUCGGUUUUUGCUAGAUGUUCCAGAUUAUUUCUCAGCGCCAGGAAGCACAUGCGUUCUUCUGCUCGGAUUAAUUUCUGAAUCAGAGUAGUGCUCGUACCAUUCCCUGGAAUACUAGCUCCAGCGAAGAUUAAAGUCUUGCAUUGUUC